AUGAGUCGUUCGUUGUUGCUGUUGGUCCUCGCCGGCGUUGCGUCCGUCGGCACCGCGUGGACGUGCAGCCCCACCAAGAUCAUCGACUGGAGGGCCUCGUGCGACAAACUCGGAAGCGACGACGAAAAGUGCAAAAACGGACCCUGCCACCGCGCUUUGCACUACCUCGUGGAGGACAUUGUCCGCGAUUGUUAUGUGCAAUCUGGCAUGGGCGACGCCAGCGAUCUCGACGUGUACCGCAUUCUGGAUGACUACUGCCACGGUGAAACCCCCGCGCCCAAGCCCGUCCCUACCACCUCCACGUCAACGCCUACCACAUCAGCCCCUUCGCCGCCUACCCCCACAACCUCCACCCCGACCCCUACAACCUCAGCUCCUACCCCUACAACCAAAGCCCCUACCCCUACAACCAAAGCUCCUACCCCUACAACCUCAGCUCCAACCCCAACAACCAAAGCCCCUACCCCUACAACCUCAGCUCCUACCCCAACAAUCUCAGUUCCUACCCCUACAACCAAAGUCCCCACCCCCACAACCAAAGCCCCCACCCCCACAACCAAAGCCCCCACCCCCACAACCAAACCCCCCACCCCUACAACCAAACCCCCCACCCCCACAACCAUAGCCCCUACCCCUAUAACUUCAGCUCCUACCCCUAUAACCUCAGCUCCUACCCCUACAACCUCCGUCCCCGCAACCAAAACCCCCACCCAUUCUUCUCCACCAGCUGUACGACCUACAACCAGCCCUGCCUCCGCACCCCUCACGCAGCCGACAAACGGACCUCCCGUCGCAUUGCCAAUCGCCCCCACAACCUCUUCCUCCCUCUCUUCAUUCCCCACGUCCUCGGCACCGUCCAAUGUCGCUCCUUCCAGUACGACAUCCUCGGCUUCAACCCGCUUGCCUGAGAAAUCCGCUUCAACCACCCCCACCACAACCGGUGUACGUGUCGCUAGCCCCACUUCUGUGCCAGUGAAGACCACGUCCAACAUCACCAACACGACCAAAACAACCAACGUGACCAAAACAACCAACGCUACCAAUGCGACCCUGGGGGUGGAGUUCAUCACGGUACCGACCACUCAAGCGUCAAAGACAUCUCUGCCGAGGACCCUUCAGGCGACGACGAAACCGGCGGCCACUAGCUCAGCUGCCCAGGUUGGCGCUCUUCCUCUCGUGAUGGCGUUCACUGCCCUGGCGUUGCCAUGA